AUAAAAAUUAUUUUUUCAUUUUUAACUCUUCACAUCUGCAUUUAGCAUCGCCAAAUGCCAAGCAUGUAGCAAACCAGACAGGCUCAGCCAGCACCAGCGGCCGGCAAUUGUACCUCGGGAAUUCAGACUUGACAAAGAGAAACCUGCUAUAUAUUUACACUGCUCCCUGUUCUGUCCCUUCAAUCCAUAUAAACCUUCUAACUCUGCCUCUUUUCUAAACCAUGGCUCUUCCUGAAAUAUUUCUUGGCGUCAUGUUACUGCUGACAAUUCCUUGUGCACGCUCGGUUUCUUUCACCUUCAAAACAUUCUACCCAAACAUAGGAGGAAUAUCUUUCCAAGGUGAUGCGUUCACAUCUAGUGGGGUUCUCCAGCUUACAAGAAAUCAGGUAGACAAUAAUCUUACUUACAGUGCUGGUCGGGUUUCGUAUAUCCCACCUGUUCAAAUCUGGGAUUCUGAGACAGGAAAGCUUGCGGACUUCACUUCUCGCUUCUCUUUCAUUGCGAAAGAUGUUAAGUAUGACCAGACAAUUUAUGGUGAUGGACUGGCAUUUUUCCUUGCGCCAGUUGAUUCUGAAAUCCCUCCUAAAUCCGUUGGCGGGUAUCUUGCAUUGUUGAGUCCUGAUACUGCUGUCAAUGGCUCAAAACAGAAUCAAAUUGUUGCAGUCGAAUUUGAUUCUUAUCAGAAUCCUUGGGAUCCAAGCUUUGAUCACGUAGGGAUCAAUGUUAACUCCAUCAUCUCUGUGGCAAAUGCUCCAUGGAAAAACGAUAUAUUUAAUGGAGCAAUUGUAAACGCAUGGGUGAAUUACGACUCCAAUGCCAAGAACUUGAGUGUUUUCGUGUCUGAUACCCAAAGCCCAGUCUUCAGAGGGACUUACAGCCUUUCAUAUACUGUUGAUCUGAGAGAGGUAUUGCCUGAAUGGGUUAGAAUUGGUUUCUCUGCUGCUACUGGCACAGCAGUUGAAACAAAUAGCAUACUUUCUUGGGACUUUUAUUCUAGCUUGCAACAGUAAUAAUACAAAAGGUAAAAGAGAGAAAUCGAAAUAAAAAAAUAAUAAUAAUCAUAUUCAUAAUGGAGUUAUAGGUUUUGUUGAAUAAAACCAGCAAGCUGGAUGGCCUUGUUGGGCAUGUUUUUCAUAUUAAUAAGAGAUUCAUUAAUGAAUGAAAAUCCAAAGUUCAUUUUGAUUA